CCGCGGCAGCCUCGUUGUUCCUGGAGUGCCGGUGUCUUCGCCCACCUCUCUGCACUAUGUCCGGCGGCCUUCUGAAGGCGCUGCGCAGCGACUCCUACGUGGAGCUGAGCCAGUACCGGGACCAGCACUUCCGGGGUGACAAUGAAGAACAGGAAAAAUUACUGAAGAAGAGCUGUACAUUGUAUGUUGGAAAUCUUUCCUUUUACACAACUGAAGAACAAAUCUAUGAACUCUUCAGCAAAAGUGGUGACAUAAAGAAAAUCAUUAUGGGCCUGGAUAAGAUGAAGAAAACAGCAUGUGGGUUCUGCUUUGUGGAAUACUAUUCAAGAGCAGAUGCAGAAAAUGCCAUGAGGUACAUAAACGGAACUCGUCUGGAUGACCGGAUCAUUCGCACAGACUGGGACGCAGGCUUUAAGGAGGGAAGGCAGUAUGGCCGUGGGCGAUCUGGGGGCCAGGUACGAGAUGAGUAUCGGCAGGACUAUGAUGCUGGGAGAGGAGGCUAUGGAAAACUGGCCCAAAACCAAUGAGUGGUGAGAGCCCCAUCAUGAAAACUCACUCCUUUGGCCUGUUGAAUUUGCCAUGCAUUACCCAAGGUCUGCAAACCUGCCCACUUUUAACAUGUUUUGAUCAAGGUCUCUACUGAGCUCGAAGCCAUUUCAUGGUUGUCCUUUGAAAACUAUUAAAGGACAGAAUCCAAAAGAAUGCCUUUAAAUCUUGGCCAUACGUCAGGUUGCUGGAAUGAUUUUAUGUCACCAGGUCAGAAUUUGUGUUCUGUGGCAACAGAUUUAUCAGCCCAAAACACUACACUUUUUUUAGGAAGUUGGAAAAUUUUAAAAAUUGAUAAUAGGUUCGUGGUCUUCACUGGGGCCUCAAAAAUUUUAAGUUUGCAGGAAAUAAAAAUGUAGUAAAUGGGGUUUUGCUAUGUUGUAUUGUUCUGAAUUAGUAAGAUGUUUGACAACUGAGUUUGUUUUCUGUGUUGAGUUCUAAUCUCUAAAGGCAAACUUAGAGGAGUCAAGGGAACUUCCUCAAUUGUUGAUGCAAAAGUAAGCCUUAGACUGUCCUAGGAGAUACCACCAGCUUAUGUGCUUUAUGUAUUAAGACUUGACUAGUAUUUACUGUACACAUUUUUCAAAAGAUGUGUUCUACUUAAAGAUUCAUUUUCAGAGUGAUCUCAGGAAUGGACUGGGUUUAAAAAAGAGCUUGAAAAAUCAAGAGAACACUUACCAAGAACAAUCAAAAUUGCUUCCCACAGGAAAUGUGUUUCAGCCAAUUUUCAUUUGAAGUCUGUCUUGUUUUUUCCUCUAAUUGUGCUUACCGAGCUUCAGAGCCUGUAUAGUGAGCUGGUAGUCUCUGUGAAGGGGGGUCUACAAAUUUAUUUUGCAUUUGUAAGGCACAAGGUGAUUAAUAUAUAUCAACUGUUGCUCAUUAAACUUAGUCUAAUAUAA